GUAGCGUUGUGAUGUCUUGAGCGUCCAUUUGAAAGGUGCUAAAUGUUGAGAGUGCUUUUUUCCUUCAUUGGUUGCUUGGAUCUGCAUUGCAUUGAAGCUGCAUUCCUUCGGUAGUGGAUGACGCGUUUUCGCGUGAAAAGUGAGGUGCUUUGUACGUUCUGUACGGGAAUAGAGUGCAUUUAGUACAUUUUAGAAGAUCUUACAAGUUGUGCUUUGGGAUAACAAUCUCGUUCGUUUAGGUGUGGAAAAAAAGUAGGAUCUACCUCAAGUAGUGAGGCUUUUAUCUGGCUGCUUCGGGGAGUAGCGGCAGCUGAAGUGUUUGUGUGCGCAUCGUGAAAAGGAGUGUAACCACCGGGUAAGAGCCCUACUCGUGAUAUUACAAUUAUAAGCAAAGAGAAAAGGAGUGAAAAAUACGUUCAAGUGCUUCUUAAUAACAGCUUACGUACGAAGGAAGAAGCUGUUUCAGCUCGUUGCUCAAAGUGCAGGGAAAAUAAGAAAAAAUUCCCAAAGUGUGUGCUACAACCGAGAAGAAAAACGUUGUUUUUCGUACUUAGUCCGACCAUACGUACGUUCAUACGUAGCUACAUACAUACAUACGUACACAUACAUACGUCAGCGGCCAAUCUGGAGUUCCGAACCCGUUCCGAGCCAGCGACCUGGGAAAAGAAGGUAUCCGGACAGAGCCUCCUCAGUCAUAGGCGUCCGCCCAGCGGCUGACUGCAUACACUAUAGGCGGCAUAAAAGACCACAGCACGGUUAGGAAUUAAUGAACGGAGCAGAACAAGUUGUGGAUUCUUCUGUUUGUUGUGCUCCGUGCGGCUGUUGCAAUCGCUGAAGAGGAAUCUGCUGUAUUUUUUUGUGUUAAGAGGGUCCAUUCUCCUGCGACGAGCGACCUAUACUUACCGCCGACCAGAAACCGGUGGGGUGCGUCGACGACGGUACCGGCGAAGUACUUCGCUGUGUGGUUCUGAGUUGUAAAAUGUAGCUGAACCGCCCGAGGCGCUAUGGAGCAGAACAUAUUCGACGUUUCCGAUGACAUUUCAUUCCCCUGGUUGCCGGCGUAUGCCGAGGCGACCGAAUCGGACCAACAGUUGGCGACCGGUUCGAGUCGGAUGCUGGAAACCAUCGUGGAGGAAACCUCGGACGAUGACGACGGCCGAGGUCAGCCACCGUCUCUGGAGCAGCAGGGCUGGUCCCAGUUCGAUCAGGUGUGGAGCUCGGCCGAUUCCGAUACCGGUUCGGUGAUACGCGUUGAUACACCCUCGGAUCAAGAUACAAUGUCCGAGCGGGAUUUCAUUUGUCCCCCCAAGCGAAGGAAGCACGAUAACGGUACGGACGCGGAUGAUUCCGUUGGCGGUGGUGGUGGAGGAGGAAGUGAACUGUACAGUGGGUUUGGAAGCUUCCGGAGACCAAGGAUAUGUGAACCAGAUGGACAGGAGGUCACGGAAUACUUCAUGAGACGACCAACCGAACAAAGAUUACGUUUCGAUGAGAUCGGGCACGAUCUGUUUACGGAUUCCGAUAGUUUGUCGUACGCGUCGCUAAGUCGGUCCUCGUCGCUGAUCCAGUUCGAGUCGUUGGAGCGGCAGCUGCAGAAUGAAUCGGUGGCCGUAGCUUCGGCGCCACUGUCAGGCUCUUCACCUUCGCUGUACUCGUCAGGAUUGCUAUCCGGUGCUGACGGUGCAGGAAGCGGACCGGUCGGUAGUGAGAACGCUAGAAUUUCGAACGUGGGAGCUGAUACGCUUGGGUUCUACCAUCCGAGCAGCCCCGGCAAGAAAAGCAACCUACUGACGGCGUCCAAUUUGAUCCAACAGAACAAACUGAAAGUGAGUGGUGGCAUUGGGAUUGGGUGCAAACAACCGGUGCUGAAUAUAAGUGACUCGGAGCUGUAUUCCUCGUCGAGUGUGAGCAGUAGUGGUAGUAGCAGUAGUGGCGGUGGCAGCAGUUGCAAUUAUGCCAGUGACGAGUGCGAUUUCAACCACGAAAACACGCCAAGUCCCAGUGAGCCUCAGGUAGCAAAAAGUUCCUCGGAUGAGGCGGACGGUUUGAUUCGAUGUCCCCAGCGUUGCUCCGAACGACGUAAGUCAUUGAACCAGCUCCGAACGAAGAACUCGAUCGAAAGUCUCAGUGAGGACAGUGGCUAUUGUGAUCAUUUGCAUUUCAAUAUGAAUAAUUUACGAGUCAAGUCGAAAAGCUUGACGAAUUUCGGUUCGGCCGAGAAUGUAAACAUGUUUGUGGAACCGGUGGUGCCGUUGGAUUAUUACGAACAGCGUCAUGUUUCGUUCCACCAGGAGAAUCGCCUCUCGACGGUUUGCGACGAGGACGAAGAGGAAGAGCAGGACCAGUGCCCAGAGGGCGGCACAAUGCAACAGUGCAACAGUGAAGAAAGUCUAUCCAAUAAGUACGAACGCAACAAACCAGAACAACGCUGGUACACCGCAAGCGCUAAUACCAAUAUUCAUAAUUGUACAAAAAUAGAUUUAGACACAAAUAAACAUUCGCGCACGCCCGGCUCCAUCGGGGAGCAACCGCCAUUCGUCGUGGUGAGCAAAGUGAUGCCGCCGUCGCCCUCAUCGUCGUCCUCUUCUGCCACCUCGUCGUCGGUGUCGUCGCGGACCGGUUCGUCCGAUUCCCUCGAGAGGCAUCCGGCGGCGGUGGGACCGAUCGCGACGAAUCUGGAUCGUCACCAGCGUACCGCCGAGCCGAGUCCUAAAAAUAGUCAUCGUCGUCCAUCGUCGCAGAGGGAUGAUAUAGAACAGCUUUCCUGCUCACGAAAGCGACCGAGGUCGCAUCAGCAGCAGCAAAGCCGACGGCGGACCAUCAUUUCUGCCAGUUCGCCCGAUCUGUUCAGCGCUGAUCAACGCCGCAGUACGACACAAGCGCGCAUCCGGAGCCGGAAACAAAGUCAACGACGGAAGGUUACCGAUUUCCUGGAAUACGGCGGCGGGAUCAGUUUCAGUGUGUCCAGUGUGCCCGAUUGUCUGAAUCUGUGCGGUGGGGGACAUCCGAUCGGGUUUCAUCCACCGGACCAGCAAUCCGACUCGUUGGAUUCGUUCGAGUUAAGUGAAUCGGCACCCAGUUCGGGAAAUUAUCACUCGUGGAACCAACAACAGGAUUCGAUUGCUAGUAAAAAUUUUGAUUUGUAUGAUUAUAGGGCGCACUCUGAAGUGCUGGUGCCUACUACGGUCGUUAAAAGUGUAAAGACGGUGACUUUUCAAACGGUAGCUAAACCGCGAGUUGAUAUUCGGGCCAGUUAUGCCAAUUUAACGGCAUUGGACUACAGUGAUGACGAGGACGGUAAACCGUAUUUCUUGAAGCGAAACACAUUUAGAACCAGCAGCGGAACAAGACUGGGUGGAGUGCGUGAAAUGGCAGGAUCGUGGGAGGCGAAAAAAAUAUUCAACGAAGACGAAGAGGAGGAGAGAAUCUUCCCGGUGGACGGCGGGGAAACAAAUGUAUUCAACUCACUGCUCGAUGAGAUUUCCGCUCAUUUCGAUCGAAACCUAUCGAUUAUCAAUGACCAGGCCGAAUCGUACGAACCGAUCGCGGCGUUUUUACACGAACAGCGCGUGACGCCCCAGCUAUCAUCAUUUGCCGCACUGGUGACACCACCCCAACCACCGCCGAGGCGAACGCAAAUCAAAACAAACCCACAUCACUCACAGGUACCGACACAGGCCGUGCCGACGGAGAGGAAAAUCCGUACCUUCGAUCAGGACCCCACCAAUCUGGUCACCUGCUAUGCCGCCAGUUUGGAACGAUGCACAUUCGAUCCAACCGAGUCCACACUCGAUUUAUAUAACAACGUCGGCAGUGGCGCAGUUAACCAGUCGAGUAAUUUUAAUAUCAAUCAUCCGAUGAUGGUGGCAACGCGCGGCGCACCAGUGGUAGUGGCCAAACGUGAGUUUGUUUCGAGCACACCCAACCUCAACUACUACAACGCGGGCAGCGGUAAUGGCGAAGGUGGCCUUAACGCCCAUCACAAUUCUCUGAAGAAUGUUUCUUGCCUUGAAAUCGGUGGCGGAGAGCUGGCCUCCAUGAGCACCGGAAUUCUCACGACCGCCUCCAGUUCGAAAUGUGGCCUGUCGAAGGGUGUCAGUUUCUGUCCGAUAGUGUCAGAAAUUAUCUGGAAGGAUAAUGGUUCCGAGCUGGAUCCGGAUGAUAAUGCAAGCAUUGUCUCCAAUCAGGACUUCGAAAUCGACAUCGAUGACGAUGAUUUCGAACAGGACGAUUUCGAUCAUGCGAAUCUGAUCGCGACCCAAACAAACACCCUCAUUAAUGCCAACAGCGUUGAAACCGGUUUGUGUGAGCUAAUAAAUAAAGCUGAUUCAUUGCUGGAAUAUUAUCAUCGUAAUGAUGAUGAUGAUGAUGAUGAUGACGAUCAUCAUCACCGUCACGAAGCACCCACCCAAAGUCCGGAGCAGCAGCAGCAAGCGACGCCGACGCCGGUUAAGUUCGAACAUGAUCGUAAUGACGUCAUCGAUUCGCUCUCACGAGAAUCCCACCCGAACGAUCAAUCGAGAGAGGCGAAAGAAAGAGACAACGAUAUUCACAUCAACGAAACAAGCGCCAGUAAAAAUGCGAAACAUAUGGAAAGUGACGAGAGUGAACUCAGUACGAAAGUGAUCGUUGCCGAGCAAGGUAGCACAAUGGCGUCCGCGAUCGGGAAUGGUGUUGACGCUAGCAGGAACAUGAUCGCCGUCGAGUCAGCUGCUUUACCACCACCACCACCACCACAAUCAUCCGUCCUUAGCGAAGGGGUCGAAGAUACGCAAUCACCGCCACAACAACAGCAAAAGUUCGUUAAUAACAAUAAUAAUUUGAUUAAAAACUUCAAAAACGGGAAGGCGGAAAAGAAAGGCAAAAACUUUCUGUCGCGACUGUCGUCCGGUUUUCGGUUCUCGUUCCGCGGUAAAUCGAAGAAGAACAAAGAUGGUGUCGGUGGCUCAUCGAACGGAAAGGUUGGCAACACUGUGCCCGCGAGUGAUAAACAAUCGUCCCCAGUAAAAGUGAAAGAAUCCGGAAUCGAUAAAGUGUCGUCUGAUUUUAUUUAUAUUCCUCUAAAAGAUCCAAACGACCAGAAGCAGCAGCAGUCAGUUUAUGAGGUUGAUAACAGUGUCAAUGGUGCCAGUGAAGUGAUCGAUAAUGAGGAGUACUAUUUGCGUCAAAUGAACACGGUUGGGUUGCAGAUUAACGGUGAAGACCAGAUAGACGAUGCCACCAAUAUGUCAUUCGCGUCAAACUCUACAUCGAUUCCAAACUCGAGUUUGGUUAGUGGUGGGAGCAGUGGGCCGCGAAACCACGUGUUGAGCGGAAAGCCACCCUUGCCAAAGCAACCCCCACGGGUCGUUGGUGUGUGUACGAAACGUUCUACCCCGACACCGGGACGGUAUGCGCAUGCCUCCCAGCGAGCCUCGUCGACUCCACCGAGAACGGAAAUCGAUCUGGACGAAAGCCACGGCAGCGGUGGCUUCUACCGUCAGUACACAAACGGCGCUGGAACGAUAUACGGCGCAGAAGGAGCGUCCGGAUUCUCUCCUUUGUCCGCGGUUGGCGGUCGGUGCAACAGCAGUGGUUUAAGAUCCAGUUACCAGCAACAGCAAGUGAUAGGUGACAACAGCAAUUACUUCAAUCACAUUAUGGGUAGUGAACAGAAAAUCGGUCUCAUCGAGACCAACCUCGAUACCCACGAGACGGUUAUCUCGGGCAAAACCCGUUCGCUGAUGGAACUCGGCGGACCGUCUUCCCAGAUGCACCAGCUGCAGGUGCAUCACGGUACCGUCGGCGGCGGUGGCGGUGGCGGUGGCAUUGUCGGAAGUGGUGUUGGCGUCGGUGUCGGCGGAGGAGGCACGGUAGGCGUUGGCGAUGGCACUUCCAAACGGCUGGGCGGCGUUAAUGGGAUUAAAGACCGCCAGACAACAGCCAUUGCCAAUGAACCCGGAAGGCCACAUAAGAGUAUGGAGUUUCUGCUGGAUAAGGAAAAUCAGCGAAAUGUUUUGCCUCCGGAAAAUGAGCUUCAGAAGUCACACGAAACGGGCACCAACCUGAGCGAGCACCAGCUGCGCGUGCAGGCCUCUCUACAGCGACUAAACAUCCCCGAUUGGUACAAACAGUACUCCGGCCGGGACGGGGCCAACGUUUCCGCCAACAGUGCCGGUGGACCAACGGCCACCGGUGUCCUGCGGAAACGUAACUCCGAUAUCGGACGAUGGACCGGAUUGAGCUCGAAAACCACCUCCCUCAGCUCGCUCGGAUCGCAUCGAUCCGACCGGAGCCCGGUGAUGCUGAGCCCGUCGGCCCACAGCCAUCACGGGGGACAGACCGGAUUCUCGCGGUGGUCCACGUCACACCUGAACUCCAACCAAACAUCACCGAGUGUGUCGACGCGAGGAUCGUUCACGCGCGGUGGACUCAAUUCCAGUGUAGUCUCGGGAUACUCGACGGCUUCCACGACGGCCGGGGCCACGGUCGGAGCAAACAGUGCGAUCCGAAACUCAUUCCGGCAACCGUACCUGGGAUGGAGGAGCCAGGAGAAACUGUCGCAACCGAGAACACCGGCCGAAAGGCUCGCAUCGUCCCUUCUAUCGCAGCAAAAAGUUAAGGAACAACAGCAACGGAAUCAGCAGAAAACAGAACCAGUAGUGACACCGGAGAUCCAAUCAUCCAUCAAGGAGGUCACCUCAGCGAUUGUACAUUAUGUAAACGACCAAACCAACCGACACUCCCGCAGCAGAUCCACUAGUCCAAGCCAAAGAUGUUGGCUAGAAAGCUCAUUCGUCGGCACCAGACCGCUUGACUCGCCGCAAACGCCAAUAAUUGACAGCAAUAGCAACUCGGCGGCGGUCGCCCUCGGUAGCAGUGGCCAUCCACAGACCCAGCACCAGUCGAACGCCGUCAGUGUGGUGGCCGGUGAUCACUACCGGUACAACGCCGGACGGAUGAAUGGCGUCGUGACGCCAACCGCCGGGCCAGCCGCAAGACCCACAACGACGGUACCGACCUUCUCCCUGCCACCCGAGCAACUGUCACCAGGAUCGGCCACGCUCGAGGAUGUGCUCGCCUCUUUGCUAGGGCUGCCGGCCGAAUCACACAGGUCCUCAGUGGACUUAGCUAAUUCCUGUCUAACGCCAACAGUUUCCAGUACCCACACCCUCCAGAUCGAACCGGUUCAAAGUAGAAGGCGCAGCGAGGGAGACGCCGGUAGGAAACGAAAUGACAACAGUUCCGGUGGUUCCGGUGCGAUCAGCAGUGGGCCGAGCAGUAAAGACACCCACAGCCGCCGGGUGUCGCUGGAUUCCUGCGACACCACACAGAAAAGCCACGGCGAAGCACUCAAGUGUCGCUAUCCGAAAUGUGAUGCCACUGCGACGAUUGCCGAGGCGAAAAAGUCCUACAAAAGCUGCCACAACUGCUCGCAUCUGUACUGCUCGCGGGAAUGCCGGAGGGCUCACUGGGAGAAACAUCGGAAGGCUUGCCUGCACUCACGAAUCUCCGCUCUCUGUAGACUGGUGUUGUCCACCUGCAAGGACGAUGCGGACACCCUGCGGCACCUCAGUGUGCUAGCGAGGCGUGGCUACUUGUCGCAGGGACGAGGUGUUGUUAGAAUACUGUUUCGUAGUCCGGAGAAUGCGGACUCAUUCAUCAAACAGGGUUUCCAGUGUUUGGGUGAGGUGAUAUACGUACGCUGGCCGGAUUUGCUCCCGUCAGAGAUGGGUCCGGAGCUGUACUCGGAACUGCUCAAGUUGAGCACCGAGUACAAACCGGACUCGAAAAUGUUAAUCUAUGUGGCAAUCUGUGUCGUAUCGGAAGCUCCGGGUAAUGCUACGGCCCCGGUAAAAUGGGAACGCCAGCUGGUGUCGCGGUGCGCCAAGCUGAAGUUGUGCAAAUCCGUCAUCUUCGAAAUCGACAACUCGCCCAUCGAUAAGCAGUUCCCGAAGAAGGAAUCCGCUACCGAUGUGCUGAUUCUCACCUUCAGCAUCAUGACGAAAACUACGCUGAAGAGUCGCGAGCAGGUUUCGCUCAACAUCCAGAACAUUCUGCGCCAGCGAGGCGUUGUACUGCGCAAGCAUUAUCCCGAAGUCUUCCAGCGACUGUCCACGUUUGUCGAAGGUUCCAUCGAUCGGUUUCUGCCGGUGACGAUGCACCCCCGAGACAACAACACCGGCCGACCGUUCGUUUGCAUCAUUAUGCCGAACUAUGGCGAUUCGGAUCAGCUGCAGUUUCCCAUUUCGGAGAACAGCGACGACGAUCGGGUUGUGACGAUUGACGUCGGAGCGGAACUUGGCUUCAGUACCGAACCGAUGGAUACGUUGACGGUCCAUUAGGAGGGAAGAGAUUUGUUCGUUCUAGGGCGAACUUUGUUCCUGGACCGUCGGAUGGAAGCAAACUGACGGCGAUUUCACAAUGAGGUUGUAUCGAGAGUGUAGUUUUUUUUUUCAAAAUUUUUAAUCAAUCAAAAAGUAUGAAGCUGCUUUUCGUUUACCUAGCAAAUUUUGGAAAUCACCUCGCCAUCAGAGCAAUAAUUUACAAAUUGGUAUGACAAAUUUGACCUAAGCCAAAACCAACAGAUACUUUCACAGCCCAUCAUUCCGAACAGGAAAAUAAUUUCAGUGUUACUGAAUGCUUUAGAAAUAAAAGUAAAGCGAGCUUGAACUGACUCAGCACAGUCCCGUUUGUUACCGAGUACCCGACGAGACGAGACACGGAAGGACAAGGUAAGUCUUACGAUAAUAAUUGUGACAACAAAGAAGGAUAUAAAACCAUGAAUAAACUGAAUAACGCCAAAUUUUUUAUACUGACUAGAGUAGGAUAAACCAAUUUGCAAGUAAAACACAUGAUCCCCAUUUGUUGUAUAGCGUUGAGAAGUAUAACAUUGAAAUGAUACACUAAAACUUGUACAUUUGUCUGUAAGAUAUGAAAUCGUCGUCGUCGUCGUCGUCGUGAUUUUUUCUAUUCCUUAUGGUUAUUACCUCCCCUUUCCUCGCCUGAAUUUUAUGCUCUAUGGUAGUAAUCUAUAAGCUGAACAUUUUACGGUUAGCUUUUGUUGUAACUUUUUCGGGAACGUUUGUUAUCUCCGUUACUACAUCGCAUUCGAAUCGUUCUGAAUCAAUACAAAUUUACGAGAUUAAUAUUGUAAGCAAACGUUAGGCCAGCGAAUGUAUUGCAAGUCUACCGAUCCCUGAUGACAAGCCCGAGUCGGAGAAAUCCUAAGUCCGAACUGUUUUCCGAUGGACCGAUGGGUAUAAAAUUAAGAUAGCUGAACGGUUACAACAAUAGAAGAAGCAACAAAACAAGCAUAUCCCGAGCUAUUUUUACAGUAAAAAUUCAUACAGGAUAAAACGAAAGUAAUGUGUAAUCACAGCAGACCAAUAUUUACAACUAAACUGUUCCUUCGAUAAUAGUUUUCAUGCGAAUUUGAUGCAGCAGCGAAACCAAGAACUCUUCAUUUCCGAGACUAGUUUUGCCCAGAAAAUUCAUGAUGUCAUAUCAUGUCAUUGAUCUAAUGUUAAAAUCCAAAAUUUUUAAUUAUCGGAAUGCUAAAAACUGUAAAAUUAUUUUUAAAGAAAUUUUUCACGAUUUGAGGAAUUUUAUACGGAUUUGGCAAUCGAUCUCACCCAGUCACAAUUAAAUUAUAUCGCUUUUCGUUAAGGUGCGUCGGUUAUUAUAUGUAAAGAAUUUUUGUGUUUCUUCUGAACUCUACGACAUAAAAUUGUAUUCUGUCACUAUUCAAGCCACCCCGUUGGUGCUGAUGAUUUCCAAGCUGCUCAUGUAAUAUUUUACUCACAGUUCAUUUGCGAUCCUCAGAGCGAUUCGGUGGACUCUUGUCCUUAGGGACAACUUGUACUGAAUUAGUUAGCCCGAUACCAUUUCUGCACACUUUUAGAAUAGUGGUUUGAAGCUAAUUCAGCCCAAAAUAGUGAUUUUUUUUAGAGCUUCAAAGAAAAAAAAAAUAAGAAAAAAGACAUUUAGUGUCAUUUAGUCUAUUAUUGACUAAAAUUUCACUUCACUUUCCUCAGGUACAGAUAGUCGAAUUUCUACACCUCAGCUUUUUAAAACAAUCAUCUACAUUCAUCAACACUUACCCUGACAUUUGUUUAUGGUAUUACUUAUGUUUCAUCAUUUAUUGCAUUCAAAGACAAUGUAAGAGCAUUCUAAAGGCUGUUCUAGUUCUAGACGCAAAAUUUAUCACCUCUAUUCUGUAAUUCGAUCGGAUUAUUCCGAUCGGAUACGAAAUUUUGCAUUCUGCAGCUCGAUCGAGUUCGUACUCUGAUUGACAAGCUUGAAAAACGACAACAAGUUGAUGCGGUGUAUUUUGAUUUUUCUAAAGCUUUCGAUUGUGUUCCUCAUGUACUCGCUGUUGAAAAAUUGAGACGAAAUGGAUUCCCUGACUGGAUAACAAACUGGAUUCUUUCGUAUCUUACAGAUCGUAGUGCUUCAGUUCGAGUCGGAACUGUACAUUCUGAUCCUUUCGAUAUUACAUCAGGUGUUCCACAAGGGAGUCAUCUCGGACCACUUCUGUUUGUGCUGUUUGUGAAUGAUCUUUGCAAUGAACUGUCGUCGUUUAAAGUAAUGUAUGCCGAUGAUUUAAAAAUUUACCGAAUCAUCACAAGCCUUGUAGAUUGUUGUGCGCUACAAAUGGACAUUGAAUGUGUCAUAGAUUGGUGUAAUAGAAACGGCAUGAGUGUUAAUGUUAAUAAAUGUAAUACCAUAACAUUUUCACGAGUUCAGUCUCCAAUUUUAUUUGAAUACUCAAUGAUGGCGAAAUCCAGUCAAAAGAGUUUCUUCGGUAAAAGAUUUAGGCGUAGUUCUCGACCGUAAGUUACGCUUCACCGAACAGCUUUCGAUGGUUAUUGCUAAAGCUUUUGCCGUCCUGGGACUUAUCAAACGCAACACUAAAGACUUUAACGACGUUUAUUGUCUCAAGGCUGUUUACAUUGCUCUAGUGCGCAGUAUUCUAGAAUACGGAGUUGUAAUCUGGGCUCCAUACCACAACGUUCACAUCGACCGGAUCGAACGAGUGCAGAAAUGUUUUGUCCGAUUCGCGCUUCGAAGACUUCCUUGGCUUAAUCGGCUUCAGCUACCACGUUACGAAGAUCGCUGUGUUCUCAUCAACUUACCCACGCUGCAAAACCGGCGGAUAUUUCAUCAACGACUUUUCGUUUUUGAUUUGCUUAAUAAUAACAUCGACUGCCCCACACUUCUGGCAAGGAUUCAUAUCAAUGUUCCGGGAAGAUCUUUGCGAAGAAUGGACUUCAUACGACGAUCAGCUCAUCGCACACAGUAUGGACAAAAUAAUCCAAUGGAUGUUUGCUGUAAUCAAUUCAAUAGAGUUUAUCAUCUGUUUGAUUUUACUAUGAACAAAGACACAUUUAAAUCGAAAAUAUUGUUAAGUUAAUGUUUUUAGACUAGAUAGAUAAUAAUAAGUCUGUGCGAUAGUUUUUACUCUAAUCGAAGACAAAUAAAUUUGAAAAAAAAAAAAUUUGAAAAUUCAAAUCUGAAUAUUAAACUUUAUUAUUAAACACGUUUUACUCGUAUUUCAAUUAUAGAAAAAUAGAAGCGUAGCGUAUACCAGUCGUAAAUUUGACAGUACAACUCUAAAACGCCUUGCUAUCGGUUAUUUUAUUUUAGGUUCAGUUUUAUCAUAUAAAAUCUUGAGCUGAUGAACAUACUCUAGGGGACGGGUAUAGCGUGAUGGGUUAGUCAAUGCCUUUCACGCAGCCCACCUGGGUUCGAUUCCCAACCCCGUACAUAGAGUCAGAAAGUGUUCCUGGCUCGAAGAAGCGAAUGACAUUAUGGUUAAAACCUCUAUAAUUAAAACAAAAAAAAACAUACUCUAAUAUUGUGGAGUGUUUUGCUCUAGCAGUCUCAUAAGAACGGUUGUUUUAUACUAUCAGACGUGUUGGCUGCUAGCUUUGGUAUUUAUCAAGGGAAAAAUCUUAACGAUGCUCGUCUGAUCCCAAGGAUCAUCUUUAAAAGAGUCUUUGGAUAGAGCACCACGGUUAAAUAAAAAACGAUAUGGCGCAAUCUCAUAACCGAAGCCAAGCCAAGUUUGCUCAAAGUUAUCCAAAGCUAAGGUUCUUCGGCUCAGUUAUGUCCGAACGAUCGGCAGUAAGGUCGGACAGCACACUGAUAAAAGCGAUGCGGCGCAGUCGUAUUAGCCCAUUUUUCAUUUGUGCUCAAUUGAAAAAGUACCAAAAAUGCACCCGGUUCUUUUUUGCUUUAAAUUAGUGAGGUUUUAAUCUUAAGAUCAUUCGCCAACAAAACUUUUUGACCCUAUGUGCGGGGUUGGGGAUCGAGCCCAGAUUGGCUUCGUGAAAGGCAUCGACAAACCCAUCACACUAUUGCCUAAUCCACGUGUAAAUGUGUUAGUGUGAUUAGUACUAGUUUGAGUGUUCCAAAGAUACCCAGUAAAUUUAGUCGAGCCGCAUAGGGUCAAUUAUUGAAGGAAUAUUUAAAACGAAAAAUUAUACAACGCCCAGAGAACAGUUGAGAAAAUCAUAAAACUGUUUAUGAAAAUUUUCCACACGUAAUAGAAUGAUAUUUUCUUGUUUCAUAAAUUCACACCAGUGUGGUUUGAUUUGAACUUUUGACACCAGUGUGGCAGUUUUAGAUUUCCAGGCGAACGCACACAGUAAACGGUAAACUAGAUGCACCUGGAAAUAAAUACUUCUGUGUUUAUUUAGUCAGUAGAAAAAUUAUCAAAAAUAUGGUGAAGUUUACAGAAAAAUAAUAGCAAAUAACAUUCUUGUUAAUCUCUUCUACCCAUAUUUGGUUAAAAAGUAUCUGAAUAUAUUACCUGGAUUCUGAUUUCGUGCACUUUUGUUAGAUUCUUAGUAGAAUCCACCCAGAAUCAUAUAAAAAUGCUCAAACGCAGAAACUAGAUAAAUUAUUGGGAUACUUUUUAACCAGUAAUGGGUUAACAAGAUUAACAAAAUGAUGAUGUGCUCGUAUUUUCUAGUAAAUUUUAUCAAAUUCUAGAUUACUUUUGUACUAACUUUUGCACCGCAGAGCUGCCAACUGUUUUUUUUUUUUUCAAAAAUCUGUAUUUGGCGGGAAAAACUACCUGUACGAUAUCUAUCUCGAAAAAUCAAACAUCAAUUCAGUGAGGAAACUGAUUUGGCGAGCAAAAAAAAGAUCGUUCCACCUGGUUUAUGAGAUAAGUAUAUAUUUUCAUGAAUUUCAUGUGUUCUACAAGCAGUGAUAGAUUAGAAGCUUUGCACAUGAUGCUAGCGUACAAAUUAUUUUAAGUGUGGCUGUAUGUUUAAUGUUAUAAUGAGCUCAUUCUACUAGAAGUUUCGAGCCUACUUAUCAGUCUAUUACUAGUAAAAUUGGAAUAUUUGCAAUAUUUUUGAUUAGACGCAGUUAUUUUUAAAAGGCGAAGGUAAAAAGUCCAACAAUUUGCCCACAUUACCAAUUCGGAAUGAACUCCGAAUCAAGUCCGGGUGAGCGAAAAAUUUUCAUUCAGUAUUCCAUGUGGAAUUCAGUAUUAAAUCCGAAUCAGUGCUAACUCCAGUGCAGCAAUCGUUCCCGAAUUCGCCGCCAACCACCAGAGGCGUGCCCUGAAAAUUUGUUCGGAAGGGAGGGGGAUUCAGAACAUAUUUAUUAAUUUCCAUACGUAUGGAAGUAUGUAUAUUAUUACUUGAAGAAUGUUUGGUUAUAAAGUCGUUUAUUGGGAAUUAUCUAUUUUAUAAUUGACUUGAAUAUCUAAAAAAAGAGUUUGCACAAUAUAGAGGAGACCGGGGCUAAGUCGGACACUUUUUGGAAAUUGAAAAAAAUCAUCCAUUACAGCUAGGAUUUACCCAUGUUAUCGCUACCGUUGUGUAGAUUCAACCUUCAGCUAUAGUUCCCAAUUUGUGAUUCGGAAUAAUGUGCAUUAGUUUUCGUAUCACGUCGCGCAGAAGUGAUCAACCCAAGAUCCAAUAUUUCUGGAAUUGCGGUGCUAAACCGAACUCGGUAUAGGUCAAAACGAGACAAAACUAAUGAACGAAUAUAAUGGGGUGCUAAAUUUCAAGAUACCUUAAUUUCAACCUUUCGUGAGACUGAACCUCCAGCUAACUGACGUCUGUCUAUCACAUGAAAGCGCGUUUAAAAAGUCAAUCCAUGGAUGAAUUCCAAAUCGAACAUUUAAUCACGAAUAAAUUUUGCCGCCAUAUCUAAAACGAACUGAACUAUCAGUUCGUUUUCUUUGUAAUCCCUGAUUUUAAUGGUAUUGUGUUGAUUUUUUUUUUAACUCGGAAUUAAAAUUUAGCUGCAUAAAAGAUGUUCAUCGAAAAUUCUGCUUUAUGAAUAUAUAUUCUUAUACCCUUGUGGCAAAACGUUGAAACUUAGGAAGAACUCAAAACCAUACGGAUAUUUCGUGAUGAGAACAAACACAAUGUGUUGACUUUUAAAGUACCACAUCAAUAAAUUCAUGUCAUCUAUUACGACACUGUCAAUCGAAUUGAACGAGCUCUGCAAAAACGAGUAGUCGGCUCGAUACUCAGUCCGUUUGGGAGACAAUUUGGGUUGCUGCGAUCCUUCCGAACAAUAUUUUUCCACUUAUGAAAUCGUUAAAGAACACUGCACACGGUGGUGGUGUUCAAACUUAGGUUCCAACUCUCCAUCUUUUAGAAUCCAAAUGAAUUUUAACAAAUCGUUACUAAUCACUGAAAGAGUAGAGUUCCCAAAACAUUCUACUUUCAGAACACUGCCAUAACCGACAAACAAGGGCGUCUUAAAAAAAAAAGAAACAUUGAGUGCAGAAUUCUUCUACAGGAACUCCGAUACUCACCCCGAUGAACGACCAUAAUUAGGUAAAAGCCGGGGUAAAAUAAACAGUUAAAAAAUGCUUAAAAAAAAUAACCACAAACAAUUUUCGUAGAUGCAUACUACUUUUAUUCAACAUUCAACAAUGAAAAAAGAAAAUCAACUUACGUUCACAUUUUUCACUAGGAUCUUGUCCUUUUUUCACUUUUCGCCAGGAUGAAGAAUUAAAUGAUUCUACUCGCAUUGAAAAGCAAAUUUGUAUUAGUCCACUGGGGCAUGCAAGAUUCACUUUUUUUCAUCUUGGAAAGAAUAAAACAGAUGUUCGCAAUGUAAUGUGCACGUAAAAAACGAAAAAUGGAAAUUAAUUUUUGAGGUUUGAAACAUGUAUAAGCUAGAGUGCCUAUAACCAGAGUGACGACAUCUCAUCCGUAAUGCUGGCAGCAAUUCAGAUCAAAGCUGUCAUUCCAAACGAACAGCUGUCGUCACUCUGGCUAUAGGCACUCUAGUAUAAGCGACCGUUCCUUAAGGGGCGGGUAGGGUUUAACACUUUUGAAAAAACAUUUAUUAUUUUCUUUAUAUUUUCUUACAGUAAAACAUUUGAAGAAUUUUCUGUGAAAUUUUCAAGCCUAUUGGAACGAAACUCUGUAAGUUAUUGACCUUUAGUUUUCAUUCUACGAAGAAGCAAGAGCUCGGCGCACAAGCCCAAGAUUUCUACUUCGAUUGACUUCAAAAUUUGACAAAACAUUCUUGAAAUUUUUCGUUAUAAAAAAUUAUAAAAGAAAAAAUAUGAUUUUUUGUAAAUGUUAGACCCUACGGGCUCUCUUGAGUAAUAAAUUAUUUCCAUUGAUUUUAUAGGCAAAAACCUUUAAACGCGUUUCCCUCGAAAGCAGGUUUUUAAAGUCCAUCGUCAUUCAAAAAUUACUGCACUAAUUUUUUUUUUCAAAUUUUGCCCACACUUUCUACAUAUAAAAAACCAGACCCCAACGUUUUCUUUUUCUUUGUUUAUUACUUUGAGGAGAUUUUACAGCUACAAAAUGGUGGAUUUUUUUCGUGAAAAAUCGUAGUUUUCACUUUGAACAUUACCAAAAAUUUAAAAAAAUUAAAAAAUCAAACGGAAACGCUGGGGUCUAGAAAAACUUCUACUCUAACUAUGCUGCGGUCAUUUAUUCACUUCUGAUUAGUCUGCGCUGAAAUACAGUGGACACCGCAAAUCAUGAUUUUUAAGAAGCGUUCUCAAAAAUACCUCUUCACCGACCUAUUUCUCCAUAAUUUUUUACAAAAAAAUUACAAAAUGUUGUUCGAAUGAUGCUUUUUAUCAUGCAAAACAUUUGAAUUUAUUUGGUUGAACUAUAAUUCUGAAAAAAAUUCGCAAAAAUGAUAAUUUUUUUCAUCGUUUAGACCCUACCACCACCUUAAGGGCUGAGGCCAGUGUGUUUUAGGGCGUUUUAAAGGGCUAUUUUCAUGCUUCAAAUCUGAUUUUCUCAGAAACGGUGACGAAUAUAAAAAAACCCAACAGACAAUCUCUUAGAAAAUUAGUUUAGAUUAUUCUGUAAAAAUUACAGAAUGAUUGUUUGACUUUGCGGUCGGGAGUCUUUUUUCUGAAGGAAGAAUUGCAUAGCUGAAAACGGCAACUUUCAACUUGUUCAUUGAAUAUCUCGUCUUCAAAAGCAUGGUUCAAAAAUAUAUCCUGACAAUGUCUAUAUAAUUUAAUUUAGAUGCGAUUAGUGCAUAAAAACACAAAUGUUGUCGCGAUAAAAAUGAAGUGUAAGUUAUUUUUGUGGAGGUAAGACGAUUUCUAUGUCGGCGCCAUUUUAGUUCCCUGGUAACGUAACGAAACAUGAGAGAGAAAUAAAAUCGGCUCAGCAAGGGUGCCAAAUGAGCGGUAGCUUUAUUGGAUUUUAUGUGAUGUAGUCAAACUUGUAACCGAAAAUAUCUAAACUUUCUUGGCCACCCGGUCACAUCGAGAGUCAUUUUGCACAUUUGCGAGAGAGCAUGGAGAGAAAUGUAAUACGCACAGCGAGCCACGCGGUUUUACGCGACCUACUGGCCUCAGCCCUUAACUGCGUUCGAGCACAGUCGUGAAGUUGAAAUGGAUCUAAAUAAACCAGCCAUCUGACACCGGUAUGUGAGCACCAGCCAUUUGAAAGUACACCGAUUAUGUUGAGCCCCUCGCGUUUCGAGCCCCAAACUCUGCGAUGUUUUGAUACUCAUCGCGAUUUUAAAAUUGUGAAAAUUACCUGCAUUUGAUGUCCCAAAACACUGUCUGUUGUAUUUUAGGUAAACCGACAAGUUAUUGUGAGAGAGUCGACUCAAAAUUCACUAAUUUUCGUGCAAUAAACGAGGUAAGCCGCAAAGCAAUUGCAUUACUUAUUGUUUGUUUACAUUUCAAUCAGCUGAUUUUGAGGACACAGGGCCACGUGUUGAGUUUCAAAUCGACCACGUGGCUCGCUCAAUUCCCUUUGCGCAUCGUAUUUCUCUUGUACUCUCUCGUAUAUGAGCAAACUGUACCGGGUUAUCAGCAAACAUUUUAUUAUUUUGAUGAGAAGUUUUAUCACAUUAAUCUAUCGUAUGGGUUGGACAUUACAUGGAUUCCAAUGAACAAUGAAAAAAUAUUCAACUUUCAUAAAGAUUGAAUGUUUGUGUGUUUGGCAGCCUUCUCGAACACAUUUUAUUUCUCUCUCCUUUUUCAGAAUGCUAUCAGAAAACCAAAGCGAAAAAAUGGCGGAUGCAUUGAAACUGACUUUGUUUCAAAGAAAAAUACAAGAUUUUAUUUUUAUCGCGAUAACAUAUAUGUUUUUAUGUACUAAUCGCAUCUAAACUAAAUUAUCUAGACUUUGUCACGGUAGAUUUAUGAUGCAAGCCUUCAAAGCCGAGAUAUUCGAUGAACAAGUGGAGGUAUGGAUUUCCGAGCGUUCCAAUUUUCAGCAGUUCUUCAGUCAGAAAAAAAUACAACACGACCGCUAAACUCAAUGAAUCAUUAUGAAAAUUUCACAGAAUAUUCUUAACUAUAUUUCGAAGACAUUGUCAGGUGGGUUUUUCUAUAUUCUGCACCGUUUCCAAGAAAAUUUAAUUUGAAACGGGAAAAUAGCAAAAAACCUACCACUUUACGGUACUGUCCUCCGCCCGUUCCGAUUUUGAUCUCAUCAAGAUUGCGUCGUGACAGGGGGCCGAAAUAAACCGUCAAUCACAAACAAUUCGAUCCAAAUAAAAACGAUUAGAGCUAAUGCAGCAGCUAGAUGUUUUAUAUGCGAGAUCUGUAAUAGAACUGAAACUGGAACAAACGUAUGUUCAGCAAACCGUUUUAGUUUUAUUUAUUCAAACAGUUCUACUAUCAAAUUGCAAACUGGUAUAUGCUGCCGUUUUAUUGUUUUGUAGUUUUUGAAACACGAGUAAAUCGCUGUUGGGGCUGCCAGUGUUUUUUCUUUGUUACAAUUCCAGAUUUUAAUUUUAAAACUGAUAUAAAUUAUGCACUUAGAUCUAGAACACUCCUGACCAAGUGCUUAGGUGUUGUGUGCGUGAGAAAUUGCUAUUUUACCGAAAAAAUGUAACACCAAGGACCGAGUCAUUCGAAAAAUGCACAUUGAAUUUAUUUAAUUUCUAUUCGAUCUUCAUAAAUUCAUUCUAAUUUUCUUUUUCACAUUGGUUUUCACCGAAAGAAAAAGUUAGUUCUGUGCGACUUUUUCAAAAGGCCGCGACAGCGGGUGAUAGUUUCUCUUUGUUCACUUUCUUUUUCGAUUACAGUGUAAUGAUUAUGAAGAUUUUCACUAUUUUUUCAGCACCAACCGAAAGAACCUUCUUAUCCGCAGUCACUAAUUUUUAACCAGGUCAAGUUUUAUCGACGGAAUCCAUUGUAACAUCAGUCUUUCAAAAUUAUUCAUUAUCUUGAGUUCAGUUAAGUAGUAGUUAUUACCAAAGAUUCGGUCAGUUCAAAUGAUUUCUAGUAGAAAACGACAUGAUUUUUUGUUUAUAAAAAGCAAUAAAUUUUCUGUCAAUAAUAAUUUCCAGAAGCAGAUAUGAGACAGGGUGAGACGAUUGCCUUUCGCGUAGUUUAGCUGCGUUUUUAGGAUCAGCAUUUUUUUCAAAUCUGAAUUGAGAAUCAAACAUCGUCUGUAAUCAAAUCAAAGUAAUAGAAUUUUCCGAUAAAUUGUAGUAAUCAUUCCCCAAUUACCGAAAACAUUCGCGAAAACGAUGAAGGAUACAGUAUCUUCCCAUAAGUGUUUCAUUAGUUUCAUUCGUUUUUCCCUCUAUCGCAAACCGAACUCAUAUUCAUCCCCUCACCAAACCACUAAGGAAUCCUUUUUCCGGCAAGAGAAAACCCCACACACGGAACAAUAUUCCAACAACACAUUCUUCCCGUACGACCGAAGUCAGACCACAGCACGUAAAUAAAAUAUCAGAUUAAACAUCCACAAACGAGAAAAACAGAAUCUAAAUUAAAUCAACACCUGCCGCGUGACGAAUGUGUCACGUCGAGAAGUAGACAUGUUUCUGUUGGUUAGUUGACAGGCUAAAAUCACACUCACACAUUAACAAUUCAACGCAUAUGUCGGAAAAACUCCUGAACACCGCUUCCGUUGGCGAAUUUGUAAUUUGAAACAAUUGCAUGAAGUACGUGUCACGUGAGUUAGAAAGAAGCAAAACGAAAGAAUUUCCUUUCCGUUUGACCUUUUCAACGGUCUCAUCGUUCUUGCCAGGUGGUAUACAUCAGAAAAUUGCAAAUGAAAAAAUAAACAAUUCUAUAGUAUGGAAAAAGGUUAAUGUAAGAAACUGUCUUGAAACGAAAUCACACGGUAAAAGUAAACAUCAUUCCAAGAAAGCUAGAAAAGUUUGCUUUUCCAUCUACAUAGAGCAGAGGUCGAGAGUUGGCAAUCAAGUUGAUCAAACGAGACAACAAUAAAAAAAAGAGAAAGGAAAUUGACACUUUUAUGCUAGCCCGUCAACUGUCUUUGGUGGACAGUUGGGAAAGAUGAGAUUGAUUGGCAAACUUCUGAGUUCCGAUCUCAAUUUGCGAUUGUAAUAUCUUUAGUUAAGACAUUGGUAGCAGAUGGUUCAAAUUGACUCACGGUUCAUGAGACCGGACUGUAAGACCGUAAGGCGAUAGAUACGAAUCCAGAAGCCGGUAUCGAUGACUACCAAGAAAUGUUUGCUAACACUUAACAGAAGAUAAAAAACGUAAGGGAAGUGGAUUGAAUUUUUUUUUGCGAUACACGAUAAAAGUUGGUGCUAGACAUUUAAUGAAAACGUGUUAACGGUUAACGGUUAAGCGACAGCAUUCGAGUCCUUUUCGCACUUGGUGAACCAUCUUAAUACAUUCAGAUUGUUUCAUCAAACAAAAUAUAAAUGAAAACAGAACCAUUGAACGGAUGCAUGACAUAAUCUUGAUCCAUCUCAGUACAUUACAUAUAAAAAAGAUUUUACCUCGCGUCCUAUCUGGAAGAUUUGUUGACAAUUCAUAGCAAUAUUGCCCUAGUUUGAGUUCCUCGUGUAUUCGGUAAUGUGAUCUAUUUCUAUAUGUUAUUUACAAUAACUAAGGUAAAGAGUUACGAUAGUUUGUUGAUUCAAUUCGUUUAUUGUAGGCAUUCAUUUGAACCAAAAUAAUUACCGUUUUCUGUAACUCUAAGCGAGUGAGUUUAUUAUUCAGUAAAGAUAUUGUGCGGAAUUGUGAUACUUCUUUUAAUACAAGGCUUAUGUCCCAUAUUCAAUUAGCUCGUCUAGCAGAUAAUUUAUUGCAUAGCACCGCGUCCGAAGCUAAUCAUCACCAACUACUCAAAACAUUUUUGACCGGGGACGAAAUAUGUGGCUAAGCGUUGACGUGAUGAAAAAUUACGCAGACUGGACUGGCCUCGUAUUACAGCCGACACUGCCCGGUUCAAACAAAUCUAUUGGAAUCGAUGAAAUGUUUCCUCAAUAACUUAACUUUUCAGAACCAGCUCUUGUAAAGUAAACGGAUCGUUUUUUCCUAUUAAAGUUUCAUUAUGCUUGCCAAAUCUGUUAUUUUUUUAUGUGAAAGUUUCGCCAUAAUUGCCUUAUUGACCUUCAUUCAUUGACCGCAACCAGAUAAUAUGAAUCUGGAACUGGAUAUGAUGGAAUAUACAGAAAUUCUCUGCAUAGUACUUUGUCGUCACAUUUCCUACCUUUUCCGUAGGAUAAAUUCGAGUGAGAUGCAACACCCUUUUAAAAAUCGAUAUUUAUUCAGAAAUUGUUACCAAAUCAGAACUUAACUUAUUAUUUUUAAAAGUUGAAGGAAUGCACUACAUACAGAAAAAUAAAAUAUUUUUGUGACAUAUUUAAAUAAAAAAUGUAAAUCCGAGAGAGACGAUAGAGAAAAGAAGCUAUUUACAAUUAUGUUAUUUUAUGAAUGUUUAUUAUUUUUAUACAAAACAAAGAUUUAUUAUUUAUUGUUGUGAUGCAACUUUAAAGCAAACACUAUAAUCAAGUAAACAAAAGAUAAAUUUUCUUGUACAAGGUCGAAGAGAUUAAUCCUGAAUUAAUUUUUAUUUCAUUCCAUUCCUUUGCGUUUCGCCUUCGGCUCGUCAGUGCUUAAAGCAGUUCAAACUGCUAGGCGCGAAAUAGCAGUUCAAUUUAAACAGCUAAGCAGACGCAAAGUUUGCAUUAUUUAUGCAACCCUCAAAUAAUAUUAUUUCUGAAAAAAAAACUGUAGAACAAUUCAAUGGAGCAGAAUUACUUGUCUGAAUGUUUGUUGUAAUUUUCAGAAUAGCCGAAAUUCAAAUUUUUUCAAACUUUUUCACAAUCAGGCCUAGAAAUGUAAAUAGCUUCUGGCCGGUGCUGCAAUAUGUGGACGAGCGUUGUCGGGAUGAAAAAUUACGGCAAGAGCCUUAAAGCAAAUUUAUUGGUUUCGAUCAAAUUCUCAAAUUCGGAACCAUUUUAUUUUUUAUUUUGAUUCGAGACAUGCAUUUUCAGUAUACAUUCAGUCCCCAGCCAGCUGGGGACAAUGAAAAAGCAAUUUCUCCUUGUGCGGCCUUACAAUAUUUCAGGCAUCUUAAAUCACCGCUCGGCUUCAAUUUGUAGCGAACCCAACCUUUUGGAUGAAGCUCAUCGUAGUAGGCCUCACGCAAAAGUUAAAAAAACCCAGGUGGUGAAAUUAUUAGUGUACACCGAUUUCUGGUUUGCGUAUUCGAGUUCCUUCACUUUUUAGUUCCAUAAUUCAUUCGUUCUACAACAUCUAUGAAUUUAUUAUUUGUCAAGUUUUAUCUACUGAUAAUGUUGAUUUGCCCAAUAAAAAAUAGAUCACAUUAUCUUGAAGCAAUAUUAGUGUACCAAUACUUGAUGAAAUUUAGUUAAAUAUAUGUAUAUCAAUGAUCUUCUUUAAUUAGUGAAUCAUAUUAAAAUAGCUAGUUUAAAAUUUUCAACACAGUAAUCUCCAGGACCUAACUUAUACAAGAUCCUUUCAUUUCAUAUCAAUGCUUACCAUAUUUAUUAUAAUUCAAAGCUUGAAACAUUCAGUAAUGUUUAGACAAUAAUUGACGUGAUUUUAUAUAGACUUGAAAACGUAAGCAGCAGGAAUUUCACGAACCGAAGUCAAAACUAUCAUCCUCUACAAUCGAAUGACAUGAAUGUAAAACGAAUAUCUAGCUUUUCGAAAGAAUGGAAAAUCACUCAACCAAGCAAUAGUUUGGACCUGUUACUUCAUACUCGAGAAAAGAAAAGCAGCCACCAUAGAGCCAGAACAAAUGACGCGGAGAAAGUGUCAUGUCCUGUCAUCGGUCUGGGACAUUUAUGAACAGUUCAAAUAUCAAAUGCACACGUUUUGUUUCUAUGCUGUUAUGCUGCAAAGCUCUACCGCACAACUGUACUAGAGAUAAGUGCUUUUUCCUGUGAAGCAGUGAAAUGUCGUAACACGACCAUCAGAAGCAAGUUGCAUCUAGGGCAAAGUUUUUAACAUCCCGUUCUUCUUAUAUUACCUGUAGUGUAACCACCAUUCGAGAUGUACAUUCUAUUUUCUCUAGAAUAGACAGCCAGGGAAAACAGCAAAGCGCUACCGAAAGUUUGCGGUCGAACAAUUCCCUCCCGUCUAUCAGCUUCUUUGUAUGUGAAAUAAAAGUUUCCUCGUCGUAAAAGAAAAUGCCUUGUUUUCAAUUGAUAGAAUAUAAAAUUUUACUUAUGACUAACCGAAGCUUUUUAUUGCUACAUUGCUGAUUGGUAAUACAGUUUUUUUUUCCACGAGUGACGCGCGAAUUUGUUACCAUAAAUUUGAACGCUUAUUUCCUGUCUCGCUGAUUCUGCAUAUAGUAAAUAUAAGAAAUACGAUCGCUUCACUUAUCAUCAUUCCUAGUAGACAUUUGAAAUAAUAGAAGUAAUAAGCUAAGUCGUUUACAAUAAUGUGAACUAAAUAAAACCAAAUUUGAAAUCAGAACACAAAGUGAAGAACAACAGAAGAAGCAAAAAAAAAAACAUACUUUGAGCAUGCAGCAACAUAGCAAA